UCUGGUUGGCAUUAGGUUGAGGGUGCAGCAGACAACUUUCCGAAUCUCUUGGUUAGAUUACUACACUUGUGGUGCCGUGGCGAUGAGUUCAAAAUCCAAACACUGAAGAAAUCAAUUAAUUUCAGCCUUCUUCUCCAAUUCUCGCUGCACUCUUGUUUUGAUGCGAUCCAUCAUUACUUCUAAUAUCAUGCUCUUUUGAGCUACGAGUUUGGUUCUACUGCAAGAGGACAAUCCAUGGAAACGGAAAGGGUUGAUUUGAUCAGUGGGUUACCGUUUGAAGUUCUGCGGCGAAUCGUUUCGUUUCUUCCGUUGAAAGAAGCAGUUAGAACCAGCGUUCUUUCGACACUGUGGAGCGGCCUCUGGAAACCAGUUCAAGUAAACAUGGAAGCUGAUUCAAAUGAAAACCUAGCCCGUGAAAUGGCUCGAUUCCUGAGAUCUCGGGAAGGUCCUCAGCAAUGGAAGUUCCAUCUCAAAAUCCGCGAAAAGGACGGUUUAAAGAUGGAGGAUGACCUAAUGUUCGCGGCCACCAUGGGAGCAGAGGAGGAGCUCCAUCUUGAUUUCUUUGGAGGGAUCCGAACGAGAGACAAUUUCGAUUUGACGUUAGAAUCAAGCUGUUUGAGCCCUUCCAAAUAUUCGUGUCUCAAGACUCUGCACCUAAGAUCAGCAAACAGGUUCUUUCAACGCCUGGUUUCUAACUUGUUCUCCAAUUUUCAGUUUCUCGAAAGCUUGAGGCUAGAAAAUUGCUGCGGCCUAGAGAAUGUCGAUAUCAAAGCAAAUGGCUAUCUCCAGAGAUUCGCGAUGGUAGAUUGCCCAGAAACAGCCAGUAUCACACUCUCUGCGUUGAAUCUAAAAUCCUUCAGGUACAGAGGAGCUCUUCCGCUGAUUCAGCUGAAGAACUCGCCCGAUUUGGUUGAUGUGAUACUGGAUUUGAGAGAAGGUCCUGGCCAGAUUGAGUUUGAUUGCGAGGAUGUUCUACCACUUCUUGAAUCUCUUCGAGACAUCGAGACUCUCACGAUAAGCAGUUGGCUCCUUGAGUGGCUGUGCACAGGUGGGGUGAUAUUCGGCAGGCUUCAAUUCCAAUUCAACAGGCUGAAAGAACUCCGCUGGGUCGGCCCCCAGAUCGACCAACCAAAGAGGGAUUCAUUGGCUUGUUUCUUGGACAUCUUGCCUGUCUUGGAAAGAUUGCUUUUAACAAUUGACCAAAGCUGCAGGCAAUUUCAACGGCCCUUUUUCAUUCAGUACUGGCACGAGCCCCACUUAUGGACUGAAAAUUCAACUGCCGAAUCGAAUGCUUCGCAGCUGAAUCACCUUGAAGUUGUUCGGUUGGUGGGGUUCACGGAUACAGAAGAUGAGUUGCUGCUGAUGGAUCACUUGCUUAAGAGGGCGUUUACUGCGAAAUCGAUGAUUCUUACCUCGCCGGGGAACCGAUCAUGGUGGGUGGCUAAAAUCCCUUGCAGUCAGAUGAAGCAGACAUCGAGGUGUCAUUCAAAACACAUAGGGAUUUCAUUUCCAGACAAGAGGUAUUUCUUUGGCUUAAGAGAACAAAGAGAAUGACUGACGGCUCGCUUGUAGCAAUUAAUUGGCAAAUGCCUGGUGUUGGUACUUUAGCAUGAACUACUUACUUUUGGUCUUUGUGAUGGGUAAAAUUGUGGUGAAAAUCGAAUCGUUAUUUUAUUUAUUUAAACCCUAGACCUUAAAGGCCAAA